AGAGAGAGAGAGAGAGAGAGAGAGAGAGAGAGAGAGAGAGAGAGAGAGAGGUUGAUCAGUGAUGGGUAAUUACAGGUUUAGGCUAUCAGAUAUGAUGCCAAAUGCCUGGUUUUACAAGCUCAGGGACAUGGGCAGGAGCAGAACCCACCAUAACAACAGCAGCAACCACCACCCACUUCUCACAGUCAAGAAGAAACAACAACCCUGCACAGCUACUCCACCACAGAACCACACACGCCUCUCUCGCCCAAGAAACUCUUACUACUUCCCUUCAGAAUCCAGAGCCAUCGAACCUGAAAAAUUUAACAAUUCUCCCAUAAAACCAAAAGCUUCUGAUACAUAUUUCCCUGACCCACCAAGAAGAUCAUCCUCAAUCACCACCAGAAGGAGAACCAAACGCAGAACCAUCAGGUCGUCUUCCAUGCUCGUUACUUCCUCUGUUUCUGCUGGUUGCAACUGCCGAGCCACCCUUGAUUCUGUCUGGACUCGGCCCGAUUCCAGUCCAGAGAACUCUGGUUCGCUUUCCCCACCUGAGAGCUCCACUGAUCCUGACUUCCAGGUCGUCCCUGCUCCUGACCCAUUUGACAGUUUAGGUUCCUGGUCCAGUUCCUGCAGUUGUACGGUCAGUUCUUCUGCUACUGAUAUCAUCAUCGACAUGGAUCAGAAGAAGUCAUUCGAUAAAUUUGAUGGGCUUGAUUCGAUCUCCAAGCUUCAACUCCGCCCAAUUCUUACAAAACCUGCGAAUUUCAGCGACAUGGUCAGUGAUGAUCACAAGAAGAAAGACAGCAAGAAAACUGAAAAACCUCCCAAAUUUAGAAGAAAUUCUGCUAAAUUGGAGGAGAGAACUGCAAAUGCUGCUAAUGGGUCUCUGUCUGUGAAGAUUGUGAGGGAGGAAAGCCUCAAGACCGUCAGAGAACAGAAGCCUAUUCCGCUCCCUGUACGAAGGUCCUUGGCAUCUUCUUCUCCAGGUGUGAAGCUCAGAGCGAUUUCUCCAAGAAUAGCGAGUAAGAAGAUUCAGGCUUAUAAUCGAAAGAUAUCGGCGUCUGCUACGAAUUCGAGAUCACGGAGGAAGAGCAUUUCAGAUAGUUUCGCAGUUGUGAAGUCUUCGUUCGACCCACAAAGGGAUUUUAGAGAAUCAAUGGUGGAUAUGAUCGUGGAGAACAAUCUCAGGGCAUCUAAGGACUUGGAAGAGCUUCUUGCCUGUUAUCUUUCUCUGAAUUCCAACGAGUAUCACGAUCUUAUUGUGAAGGUGUUCGAGCAAAUCUGGUUUGAUCUGACUUAUACUCGCCUGUAAAAAAUUUCGUAGAGUAGUAUGAAUCUGUAUAAUUUUGAUCAUAAAUAUCAAUAAUAAGUUCUACAGUUUCAGUACCAUGAGAUGGAAACUGGAAAUUUUGUUUCAUCAUUCAGGUCAACCAAGCCAAAAAACAAUCUUUGAUUUACUGCUUAAAGAUCAGACUUUUAAGAUUCAAUUUUGGUUCCUGUUCUGUUUGAUGGGGAUAGAUUCAUUUGUAGUGAAAAGAAUACUGAGAUAGAAUUUAAUUUAAUUUAAUUUAAUUUUUCCUUUUUCCGCUUUAAUGGAGUUUUUCUUCCAUUGAGAUGUGGAGUGACAAAGGCAAAAGGAAAAGAAAGGGAAGGAGCUUCCGGCAGAUGCUCUUCACAGUAGUUGUUGCUUGAACAGAGGUUUGAGUUGUGGAGUGUAACUUCAAUGGUCAAAC